AUGAGCGGCACCAGGAGUGGCUUCGAGGCCUCCGCGCCCGGCGGGCCCAGUUCCGCGGCGAGCUCCGUGCGCGAUGGCGAGACGGAGAAGUUCGCCUCGCUGUCAGGGGGCUGGUGGGACCGCAACGGCCCGUUCCGUGCCCUGCACUCCAUGAACAGGGUCCGCGUCCCCUUCAUCAGGGACGUCCUCUGCAACGCGCACGGUUUGGACCCCGCGAAGCUCCACACGCUCGAGAACGUCAGAAUCCUCGACGUCGGGUGCGGGGGCGGCAUCCUCGCGCGCGCCCUCGCGGCCCUGGGCGCCCACGUCACCGCCAUCGACGCCUCGGCCGAAUGCAUCGCCGCCGCCUCGGCCUACCACGAGCGCAACCCCGCGGCCCUCGCCGCGUCGCCCGGACGCAUCGACUUCGCGCACGCGACCGCCGAGCAGCUCGUGGACGCCGGCGCGCAGUUCGACAGCGUGGUCGCCUCGGAGGUGAUCGAGCACGUCGACACCCCCCCCUCCUUCCUGCACACCCUCGCGCGGCUGACGCGGCCGGGCGGCGCCGUCGUCGUCUCCACGCUCAACCGCACCCCGGAGUCCUACUGCAAGGCCAUCGUCUUCGCCGAGCGCGUCAUGGACCUCGCCCCCCCCGGCACGCACGACUGGGGCGCGUUCAUCACGCCCGAGGAGCUCGCGCUGAUGGGUGCCGACGCGGGCCUGCACCUGUCGCACCUGACGGGCAUGAGCUACGACCCGUUCCGCGACAUGUGGACACUGACGGGCAGCACGGGGGUCAACUAUGUCGCCUCGCUGCUCAAGGGGCCGCCCGCGGCGUGA